AUGAAUACUGAUAUCCUGGGUGAACUUAGUCUCGUCUUGUUUCUGAGCGAAACCCGCCAGCAUGUAGUCCGAGGAAUCUCCCAGACCUCCAUCGCCCACCGUGUCCAAGCGCAUCUUGAGGUCUUGAAGAGCAUAUGUGAAAAUGCCUCUCCUAGUUUGUACAUUCUCGAUCACGUGAAAGCUGAAACUCCGCAACUCGAAAUCCUCUCCGCUGCCUGCGGUGUUGUUACUUGCACCGACGACCUCCACGCUCUGGUGCAACCGGAUGGAAGUCUGAGAAUUGACACCAUUCGCCUUCCAUCUCUUCUCUCCGGCCACAGCCUCCCUCAGCGAGUCUUGGACGCUGACUUGUUCCUUUCCUUUGUUUUCCGGUACGACGACGGGCCGAUGAGGCUGUUUACUCAUUCCCCUCUCCAACAGGGCAAAGUCCACACAGUCACUGUAGCCGAGUCGGCCAAUUACCCGCAGGUACAGCCCACGGCUUGGAACGCAGCGACCUGGUCAAUCGUAGCCAUUGUAGUCGGUGGAAAGCACUUCUCGGAAGCGGAACACGUCGGCGCUGUUUCAUCACAAAUCGAGAAGAAUUACGACAAUGGUAAAGGUACUCGUCACAUCAACAUAAACCUAGAUGUAUUGGGUCGUGUGGACCCUUUGCCAGGCCGUAACAAGGCAUCAGCGAUAUUCUACCAAAUCCGAGCAAAUGGGCAAUUGUACUGUGCCACGGGAAUGGAAAACCAAACCCCAUGUAUGCUGACCGACCGACUGAUGCCCGACGUUCGCGAUCCAUUCGAAAAGCAAGGGUCCGACACCACCACAGCAAACGAAAGGAAAGCCCUGCAGGACGAGAUCGCCCGCCUCAAGAAAAACGUCAACGACGCCAACGCCGCGUUGGAAAAAGCCAAGGCCACGCAGAUCGUGGUGCACAAGCCUCUCGGCGACCCCUGGAUGCUGUAUUCUCAAGGCCGGCAGGUUGAAAACCAGCAACACGGGACCAAAGUCGGCCAGGCUUUGGGUCCGCRGUGGAACGGCGUGCGGACGCAGAUGAUGGCCGUCACGAGUCGAAAAGUUCUCGACUUUGCCAGCAAUGUCAACUGCACGCUGUACGGCCCACCAAUCCAUGGCCAUGAGAAUCACACUCUCACGCUGGAGCGUCAUGGCAGCGACGAGGCGCACUGGUGGAUGUUGACGACCAUGUAUCGGGGAGAGAAAGUUGCUCUCGCUACCCACCAAAGAGCUUCAGUUGCUCUCCCUACCCACGAAGGGCAACUCUCAACAACAGAGUACUUCUGGGGCUUGCUCAGAGUUCCGUACAACGCCGUAGAUGACAAGCAGCACUUUUUCAUCWACAAUGUUGACUAUCCCUUUGCGGUCAAGGUCGAAUCUAGGACCUCCAAAGGCUCGAUGAUAGCCGUCACGAAUGAUGGUCAGGUUCGUGUUGGUUGGAAUAAUGUAACGACGCUUGCGUUUUAUUUAACAGUAAUGCCUGGGCCGGCGGCAGUAGUUUCGUAG